UAGUGCUAGUCUUUUCUCGAUUCUUGAUCUGGUGGCAUGCGUUACGUUUACCAGCUCACCGAUACACAGAUUGAUUCACUUUCAACGCGCUGUCGUGGUAUUCUCGUUGAGUAACGGCUUGGUGAUUGUCUCGUUUUGGUUUUAGUUCGAAUUGUACAUUUUUUAUCUUCAGUUUUCUGCAUCGUUUCGGCUUGAACUUGUUGGAUUGUUGUCGUUGUGUUGAUAAACCGCGACAAUGACCACACUAAUCCGAAUGUACGACGACCUCAUGCUGAAGUAUCAAGAUCCUCGAACAAAAGACUGGCUGUUGGUAGGCAACUUAGGACAAUUAGUUUUAAUUUUGGGCUUCUACGUGUAUUUUUGUACAAAACUCGGACCGAGACUUAUGAAUAACAGGAAGCCUUUUCAACUUAAAAGGACGAUACGAUUCUACAACUUAGCUCAAAUUUGCAUAAGCGCUUAUUUGGUUCGAGAGGGCCUCAAAUGCGGUUGGGGUACGACCUACAGCUUUGCCUGUGAACCUGUAGAUUAUACAGACGCACCACAUGCAGUUAGGAUGAGGAGGGCGGUGUGGAUAUACUACAUGAACAAAUUGGUCGAACUGUUGGAUACGGUGUUCUUCAUAUUGAGGAAAAAGUACAACCAAGUGACCUAUCUGCAUUUGUAUCAUCACACGCUCAUGCCGGUAGCCGCUUAUGUGGGAGUUACUUUCUUACCUGGUGGCCAUGGGUCGCUGCUGGGUCUCAUCAACUCCUUCAUCCACGUGAUCAUGUAUACGUAUUACUUCCUUUCCUCGUUUGGACCGGAGGUGCGGAAAUAUCUGUGGUGGAAAAGACACGUCACGAAACUUCAGCUGGUACAAUUUGCAAUAGUCUUCGUUCACAACUUCCAAGUUCUGUUCAGAAAAUGCGACUAUCCGAAAGUGUUCAACGUGCUGCUCUCGAUUCAGGCCGGGUACUUCCUGUACCUAUUCGGUGCGUUCUACGUCACCGCAUACAUCAAGAACAAACCUCAAAAGACCGUAGUGGAGGCAGACGUUGUCACACCAAACGGGAAAAUGGACAACGGAGCCGUAAGGAAUGGCCACACCGACUCAAAAACGUCAAACGGCGUCGCCAACGGCAAACACCAUAACACGAAGUCCAAAAUGUAUUAAUAGUUUUAGGUUAGUCAGGAUUAAUGUAAAAAAUAUUUAUGCGGGGUGUCCGGAAAUGAUGGUCAAAAAAUUUAAUUGCUGAUUUUAUUCGAUCGAGUUUCUAUAGCAUUUUUUCGAGAACUCAAACAAAAAUGGUGAUGAAUUAAAAUCAAUAAGUAAGUUUUAAAACCUUACUGUUAUAAAACCUAUUUAAAUAUAUGAUGCAGGGUGAGAUUUUUUAUGUUUACUGCAGGGAUCUCCCACACUGUAGCAGAUAGGAAAAAGUUUAAACGGGCAAAAAAGUGAAAUUUUUUAAACUCCACUCAAAAUUAUUAUUAUUUUCACAAGAUUUGACAGUCAAUACAUAUUUCAAAUAAAUACAAGAGUUGUAGAAAAUUUUAUUUUUAAUAAAAUUAUACAAAAAUAUUUUUCCUCGCGCUUGUCAAGUUUGAUAGACAAAUGAAACUUUAGGUCUUUUUUAAUACAUAUCUUUAUUAAAUAGAGAUUUUUGUCACGAUUUGAAGGACAUAGCACAUGAUAGGGUUAUUUUGAAAAAUAAAGUUUUUAUGAGCGUUGAAGAUUUAUUUUCCUGAUUCGUAUUUAAGCUUAAUGUUGUUCAUCUAGUAUGGUGGCAAAAGAAAGAAUAGCUGUCGGUUAUCUUUGCCAACCGGCUGCAUGAUAAUAAGUGGGUUCAGAAUAUGCUCCUGGACGAUUAAGAUUUUCGAUUUAUAAUAAACAACAUUUAUGGUUAUAUACCACAAAUCAAGUUUUUGUUUGGUGUGGUGUUGUGCGAUUCUCCCGAUCUUAAGAUUUUAAUCUUUUUUUUUGUGGUUAGUAGAAGACAAGGUUUACAAAGAAACAAGAAAAAAAAUCAGGCUGCUGUAAAUGAGGUUUUUAAUAAUAUUGAUGGGCGAUCUUUAAAAAAGACAACUAAUUCAGUCACAAUAACGUAAGAAUUUUUAAAAAUCUUUUCUAAAAACUAAAUAAAUUAUCAAUUU